GUGUCCCCUGAAGGGGCGGAUGCGGGUCCUUUGGGGACGAUGCCUCUCGCCGGGUUUAUGGAGCUUGGGAUGCCGGGACGGGCCUUCCUUUGUCUUGCCAUAGCCGGGCUACGCCAUUUCUGCUGCUCAUGUCGCGGGUCUUGUCCGCCAUCUUCCCGCUUUUAGGUGACAGGGAGGGGGGGUGUGACAUAGAAUUUUUCCUCCCAAUGACAGCCCCGUGCUACCUGCAGGUUCUCUCCGUGGGAAAUCUCUACCACUGCCCCUCCCCCGUGUGGGAUUUUGGCAUUUUUGUGCAGCCUAGGACACAUGAGGGCUGGAGGAGGAUGGGGUGUAGGGGCAGAUACAGGAUACCGAGUUACCAAGGCGGAAGGGAGUGCACGUGGAGGACUGGAUUGCUUCGGAGCAGCAGGUAGGAGUAGAAAAGGAGAAAGGGAGCCAGGCCUUUGUUCACGUGCAAGAAUACUAAUACAAUGACUACAAGAUACCUAAUGGUUUUGUUAUUGGGCCUGAUGGUUCAAGCAUGUCAUCCCAGCUACUUAAAUACGUUACUUAUUUUAACCACACGUUCGCCUCUAAACCAAUCUUUUUCUGCCUACUGGUCAGUGCCAUUAUCACACUCGAUUAGAUUCUUUCCUCCUGGGAUCCUACUGUUCUCUUUGUGUUCCUUGCUAAGUCAUCUCCAGACGGCUUUCACAGGGUGGUUCAGAUCUGGCUGGAAUAAGUCACUGGGCCUUGUUUAUAUCACUUACAUCUUAGUAGGGUUUUGUUUGAUUCUAUUUUGCUCCGUAGAACCUCCUUAAUCCUCCCACCAGAUUACUCAGAAGGAUUUGUAUCUUUGCAGGUUUUGUUUUUCAAGGUUACCAGCAGAUACAGCCAAGAGAGGGAAACAUCAGGGCCAUAGGAAAUCUCUAUGGACCUAUUGGACUGGGGAAGUGGAUUUUGUGUUUGUUAAUCUUUAUAUUCUGUUAGCUAGACCCCCAUCCUUGGAGGCAGGUAGCCUUGACACUGCAGGAGGCCUGAGACUCCUAUGAUGUUUAGCACUGGGCUCCAAACAUCCGUGAGGACACAGUGCCCCUCCAGGACCUUUGACACCUGGAGGUCUGAGGACCUCUAAGUUUUAUGUUCUGCAUCUGUGAGGUGUCCCCAGCCAUAACCCUCACAGAGUCGUUUCUGUAUUACAGGUGUAUCUUGAAGUCAAGUAGCCAUCCAUCGUCUUACUGUGGUGGCUGAGGCGGGAGGAUUCUGAGUUCACAUCCAGCCUGGACUCCGUACAGAAAUAAAGAGAGGCAGGCAGUUCCUCCAGACAACCAGCUUUCCCUCCAGGUGGUUUCUGCAAACUUCCUUCCCUUCAGCCUCUGUGACAGCAUUGCGUCUAGCCCUUUUGCUAUCCUUACCUUGAAACUGAGGGCCAUGGCGGAGAGAGUGAUGGUGCCUACCCAGGUAGGACGGGGGGACCGCUACUACACGUACACAGAGCUGCUGGCUAUCUCACGGCGCUUCAAGCAGAACCCCAAUGAGCUCAUGGUCACCUGGAUCCUGCGGGUGUAUGACCAGGGAGGCCCUGCCUUGUCCCUGAAUUCCGGGGAGCUGGGGCUGCUGGGGGACCUCACCCAUGAUGCCAUCUUUAACUACCGCUGCAAGGCCCUGCGGGGAGCUGGCUGCCAGACUCUACUGAGCUGGCUGCUGCAGGCCUGGCGUCAGCGCUGGGAAUCCUCCCUGCAUUUUGAGGCCACUGAGCUACCCUUCAGGCCCUGGACCACCAUGGAGGAAGGCAUCCAGCUGGUGCGUGAGCUGGGCAUGAUUGAGUGGAUCUACCUUGACCCAGAAGGGCCUGUGGACCUGGCCCCAGAGGAUGUGGCCUUCACUCAAGGCCUGCAGCGGCGCCUGCUCACAGCAGCACCCUCUGAGCUGAGGCUUUCACUGGUCAGCCUGCUGGUGCGUGGCAUGACGGUAUUGGAGGCCGUGAUGGAGAUCCAGACUAUUGCUGAUGUGGGCCUGCUCUGGCGCCAGAGCCAUCCAGGCCGCACCAAGCUCAUGCUGGGGCCCAACCCAACUCGUAAGGACCUCCUAGGCUGGCUGCUCAGCCACGGUGUGCCCCGGGAGCAAGUAGACAGGCAACCUACCAAGGUACUCCUGGAACUGUACAUCAAAGAAGCCAAGCGCAGUCGUGGCCACCCCAACUAUGGGCUGACGGAGGAGCAGCCCCCACCACCCCCUUACUCCGACCAGGCCUGUGGGGAAGAGCAACCUGUGCGUCAUGACUAGUCCUGAACUGACUGAGAGGACACUUGAUGGUGGGAAGAUGAAUUGCAGAGAGGCUGCUUGUAACCCAGGUCACUAGGGAGCAGCUUUCAAGCACCUUUCCCACAUUCCCACCCUACAGCAGUUAUGCCAAGCUCAGUGGCCCCAGAGGAGUGUGCAUGUUCCUAGCCACACAGUCUAUGUGGAAAGUGAGCCACAGGUGGUUGUAAAUCUAGGGUGCUUAUGGCCCUGGAAUUAAUCCCCUUGAGUUGGAGCUUAAGGCCAUGCUCAGAUUUGUGACCACAUCAGGGUCCCCACCACUCUGCCUCCACAUGGACCCCAAAGCACUACAUACAGGCCAUCUUGAUUUUUUUACUUUUUCGAUGCAACACUUACAUAGUAUUUUAGGUAUAGGCCGUACUUCCAUGGACUUUUACUGGAUGUUUGACACGUUAGGGCCAGUCUCCCUAUAAAAGGCUUAACAUUGCAAACUUUUCUAAUGCAGCAUUUUUACUUUAUAUUUUAUUUUGAGCUUAUGUGACACUUUAGUUUUGGGGAGAGGAGAACCCCCUUUUGUAAAGAUUUUCCUUUGGGGACCCUGUCCCCGUUUUCUUUUAGCCAUGCCCUUUCCUUUUGAAGCACCUUCCAGCUGGGUCUGGUCUCCCCAGCUGCACAGAUGGCCUCUGGCCAAUGCAGAUCUGGAUUUAGUGGAGGAGUGAGGUGGGCAGCCCUGGAACUUCUGCCUUCGUGAGUUCCUAUUAAAUGGCUGGUUCAUUGCCCUC